AUGCCUACGUCGAAAUUGGUAUCGUCGCAAGCAAUUGCCAAACACAACACAGCCUCCGAUUGCUGGAUUGUUGUAGACAAUCAGGUCUGGGAUAUUACCGACUUUCUCCAGGAGCAUCCUGGUGGUCCAUCGAUUAUACUACAACAUGCUGGGCGUGAUGCUACAAAGGCAUAUUCGGCCGUUCACUCUCCCAGCGUUAUCCGCAAGGGCCUUCCGGCUGAUAAGUUAAAGGGUACUCUUGACCAGUCUACCCUUGACGCCGAGUGGUUGAAGGAGCCUGUCCAGACAGCUACUCGGGCUGUUGGGGAGAAUGAAAAGCCACCAUUGCAUACCCUCAUCAGUGCGCACGACUUCCAGCUGGUCGCCUCCAAGACGGCCCCUGCGAAAACGUGGGCCUUUUACUCAAGUGCGGCCAACGAUCUCAUCACUCGCGACGCAAAUAAGUCGUCCUUUGACCGGAUUUGGUUCCGUCCGCGAGUGUUGCGCAAUGUACGAGAGGUCAACACAAUGUCUAACAUCCUAGGGUGUAGCGUGAGCAUGCCGCUCUUUGUUGCACCCAGCGCAAUGGUGAAGCUGAUUCAUCCUGACGGCGAGCUAGGAAUUGCACGCGCAUGUCAGUCAAAGGGUAUCAUGCAAGGCAUCUCGAAUAACGCAUCUUUCUCCCUGAAGGAAAUCAGCGAUGCAGCGCCAGAUACACAGUUUAUCUUCCAGCUGUACGUGAACCGCGAUCGUGCCAAAUCUGCUGUUCAGCUACGUGAGUGUUCUGCCAACCCACAGGUCAAGGCUAUAUGCAUCACUGUGGACGCGGCCUGGCCCGGUAAGCGAGAGGCCGAUGAGCGCGUCAAGGCAGACGAAAACCUCACCUUGCCCAUGGUUCCGGGGAAGGGCAACAACGACAAAAAGGGUGGUGGGUUGGGACGAGUUAUGGCUGGCUUUAUUGACCCGGGGCUUACGUGGGAGGACCUGAAGUGGGCACGACAGCACACACAUCUCCCAUUGUUGCUGAAGGGUGUGCAGUCUGCAGACGAUGCAGUGAUGGCUAUGGAGGCGGGUAUCGAUGGUAUCAUGCUAAGCAACCAUGGUGGUAGAAACCUGGACACCAGCCCGGCCUCGAUCAUUACGCUGCUCGAGUUGCACCGCAGAUGUCCCGAGAUAUUUGACCGAAUGGAGAUUUACAUCGACUCGGGAAUCAGGCGGGGAACCGAUAUCCUCAAGGCCAUCUGUCUUGGAGCCACUGCCGUCGGGAUGGGUAGAAGCUUCCUCUUUGCAUCAAACUAUGGCCAGGAGGGUAUCGAGCACUUGAUUGAUAUCAUGAGAGAUGAGCUGGAGGGAGCCAUGAGAAACAUCGGCAUUACUUCUCUCGACCAAGCAGGCCCUCAGUACGUCAACACUGCCGACAUCGACCACCUGGUGCCCAAGGCGGCUUUUCAUCCGUAUGCGAGAUCCGUUUCGUGCAGCAAACGCCCGUCUAAACUGUGA